AUGUCAUCCAACCGGAUUACCCAGUCAGGUCAAUACGGCCCACCCUCCGACAACCAGCACGAGCUGUCCUACAUUGAGAACUACAAUGACGGACAGGCCUAUGAUAACUUCUCAUUCGACAAUUCAACAUGGCCAGACGGUAGCGGUCUAGGUCCAUACGACAACGCCAACCACGGUUACCAAGACGUCGGUGUCGGCACUCCACUCUCUCACCCCAAUACUGGAAGCGAUGGCAGCAGAAAGACGCGCAGUGGGCGAACGACAAAGCCCAUGGACUCGCCAAUGAGCUCAACGCGGUCUACGCCUGCAGCCAGCAGUCCUCACAUUGCCGGAGUCCGAAAGAACCGAACCAAGAAGGCUCAAGGGGCAGAAGUCAUACUCCAGGCACCGCUCAGCAUCCUGACGAAGGACUCAGAGACACCGUUGAGAGAUAUGGAAGCAUGGGCCAACCGAUCGAUUGAAGAUAGGCGCGCGGAAGUGGUAAAGGCGAACAAGAUCGCAAGACCUAUGAACAGGUUCAUGCUGUAUCGAUCCGCAUAUGCUGAGCGUACCAAGAAAUGGUGCGACCAGAACAACCACCAGAUCGUGUCGAAAGUCACUGGCCAAAGCUGGAAACAGCUAGAGCCCAAAGAAGUCAAGGACUACUAUGACAAGUUGGCGACGAUAGAAAGAGAGAACCACCAAAGAGCCUUCCCAGAAUACAAGUUCUCUCCAGCAAAGGCCAUGCCCAAGAAGAAGAACCCCAAACGUAUCCUGGAUUACCCUGAGAGCGCAUAUCACAACCUCAGCGAUUCGGAAGGCGAUCCAGACGGCGAGUACAACCCAGGAAGGCGAGUCAGACAAGUGAAGCAGCCUCCGAGAAUGACGCAUCCUUAUGCAGACAACUAUUCAUACGCGGAUCCAAAGUACCAGCUCCCGGAUCCUGGAAGAGGCUAUGGUCAGUAUCAACAGGCAAUGCCAUAUGCCGUCAGUCAGGCACAGAUGUACCACACCGACCCAUACUCACACGCAGUCGCCAAUGGCCACGGGCAAUAUCAAUUGUACCAACAAGGAAACGGAAGCCAACAGAUGCACGACCAUCGGAUGGCAAUGAACGCAACGCCGGCAUCGAUGGGAUCGAAUGGCGCCCUGGUGUCGAUGCCUGGUGGCCAGCAUCAUGAGUUGUUGCAGUCCAGGGGACCAACACCAGUUUCGUCGUACCAACAACCCCAGCAUGGAGGCAAUUACGUCGACCACAACGGCUUAUUGCUGCAUCCUGACCACACGAACUACAACCUUGGCAACGAGCUUUCAGGCCUCGACACCAACUUCCAUGAGGCCAUGAAUGGCGGCUUUGAUAUGAGUGGUGGUCAAGGAACGGCUGAGGGCACAGCAUCGGACGAAGAAACCAUCAAGACGUAUUGGCCCAUCAUCAGGGGUGUUCAGGAAGAAGGAUCGGACCCGGAUGCGAUAGAGAAUAUGGUCUCGCGGCCUUGCAUGGAAGGCUUUCUGAGGUUUCAGUUUUGA